AUGAUUCGCGGGCUUGAGGGAUUCUUGCACGAUGCACACUUAUUGCAAGAAGAGUCACUGAAUGUUCUUAAAAAUACUCGACUAGGCAUUGAUUUGUCGUAUUAUCUUCGACAGGUGCUGUCGGCACCGGAGUCAGCAGAGCCACUUGUCACGGCCAUUGGUGGUCAACCUAUUGCUCUCAUGUCGCGGAUCGAGAGUGACAUCCGCGUCCUCGAGCAGCACCGCAUCAAGCCCGUGUUUGUCUUGCACGGUCUGUCACCAGCAAAGCGUACGCGUCCUUUCAGCUAUGAGGACCGCCGUCCAGGUCUAAGGAAACGUGCAUGGGAGUCUUAUGAAGAUGAUAAUGUAGCCCUAGCGACGCAGUUGUUUGCAUCGAGCAACAGCUUGCACCUGCCAGACCUGUAUCGUUCCGUCUUGCGCAUGUGUCGACACCAUCAUAUUGAGUAUGUUGUGGCACCGUACCAAGCGACUGGGCAGCUCGUUUUGAUGGAGCGGCAUUCGAAGCAGUAUGUGCAUGCGAUGUAUGGACCGACGGAGCUCUUUGCUUUCGAUGGUGUCGACAAGGUGAUUCUACACUUGAAUUUGCGGCAUGGCAAAUUCCAAUUUGCAUCCAAGCUUGCGAUGAUGCGUGAAUUGCAGUGUAAUGAAGCUGAAUUUCUUGAUGUCGCUCUUCUUGUUGGGAUGGAAUACUGCUCAACGUUCCCGGCGCUGCAAGACGAAUCGACAGGGCUUGUGCACUCGGCUGGCGCACCCGACUUUCGUUCAGUCGCACAGCUUGUGCGGCAGAAUCGCAGCGGCUUUGUACUCUGCACACAGUUUGCAGACCACCCCAUGGUGGCUCGCAGCGCGUACUUGGACCAAUUCUGCCACGCGCGUGCGAUGAUCAAAUACAGCGUCGUGUUAAGUCCAAGCAGCGGCUCGGUGAUACCGCUGCCCCUUGCUUUGUUCGACAGAGGUAUCAAACUGGAAAUUCCCAGCGACUUGCACGAGAUUUUUUCGUUCCGUUUGCCGGAGCAGGUGCUUUUGUACUUGUCGCGAGGUCUCGUGAGCACGAGCGUGCUUGGCAGUCUGCUGAGUGGCUUUGUGAUUGAGUCGGCUCCACUCGACAAUGGCGACUCAGAUGAAUACCACCAAUUUGUGCGAGGGUACUUGACGGAAAGUCCCACGAGCCUCCGGUGCGUCGCGAUUGCCCUGGUGUGUGCGGCGAUGCAUCCCUUCUGGCGCCAGCGCAAAGUUUCAGCCGUGUAUUGGUUCCAGCCGCACAUGGAUGUGCCGGUGCCGCACGAUGCGAGUGCUACACAGAAACUUCUUGCUCAGGUCGAUCGCUGGUACGUUCCCGCUUCGUUGCUCGAUGCUGAGCUGCGUCGGCAAAACUCGUCUACGAUCGACAUUCCCCUGUGCCUGAAUACGGCCACCGAUGCGGCGCGCGCUGCGCGGACUAUCUUGCCCAAGGACUCGUCGAUGCGACUUGAAAAAAAAGAUGAACUUGUCGCCAAUUCGCUUUGGCGCUUUCUCGAGCUACGUGGCUUCUUGAACGCUGAGCAUACCCUUACAACAUACGGCCGUGCUUUGCACACGGCGAUACAGCAUGUACGUGUGAAUGACCGGCUUCAAGAGCCGCUGUACUUGGCACUGGAGCUGCUUCGUGCUGGUGUGCUCCAUGCGAAUCCGUAUAGCGAAUCGAUUUACAGCGGUGGGCCGUCAUUUGGUACGGACGAAGAAAAGCGGCGCAUGCUCCUCGCUAUGCGCACAUUGAGUCUAUUGCCUAUCCUGUUCCAGGCCCAGCCAUGGGAUGCACCGCUAUCUCGAGAAAUGCUGGUAUUUAACUCGUUUGUGAAAGGCUUGUCGCGCUCGCUUCGCUCACUGGUCGAAAUGGUGACACUUACGCUCUUGCUGCGCACAGAGACUCGGCAGCAACGAGACGACUAUCUUGACAUAAGUCUGAGUUUGCCCUUCCAGUCUGAUGCCAAUACGGGUAUGGGCAUCCUGAUCAAGUGCUAUGUGGAUGCAUUGUACACGCUGCACAAUGGUAUGAUUCAGCCAGAGGAGAGUAUGCUCCCUGACAUUGUCGAGGCCAAGUCCACUGUUGUUGAAAUGCUCGUAGAUACGUUUGAAAACGUGCGCGAUGUCGCGACGGAAUUGCGUCGAGCAUGUCGCUUCUGGACGGCACUUGUAGCUGCUGUCGAUGUCCUUGCGUCUGAACAAGCUAUAGACGCUUCUUUGCACGCCGAGUUCCACGCCACUGACGAGCUUCUGAAGCCCAUGUGGCUUGCGUAG